AUGGCUUGGUUGUUGAACAAUCCGGUGACUUUUCUGUACAAUUCCGACGUCCGGUCGCCGGAAUACUUCUUUGCUAAACGGUUGCGUUCCAAAGCCAAUUAUCGGGGAUAUAACAAUAAGUCUUUUAAUAGUAUUAUCAAUAUCGGAAAUUGUAGUAGUAUCAAUGGCAGUAAGAGUAAAAUUUUGUGUGAAGCAGUUUCUGUGCAGCCACAAACUGAUAUUGAAGGCCUUAACAUUGCCGAAGAUGUAACCCAGCUUAUUGGGAAGACACCAAUGGUUUACUUGAAUACUAUUGUAAAAGGUUGUGUUGCUAACAUAGCUGCGAAGCUUGAGAUUAUGGAGCCAUGUUGUAGUGUCAAGGACAGGAUAGGAUACAGUAUGAUAGCUGAUGCUGAGGAAAGAGAACUUAUAACUCCUGGGAAGAGUGUUUUGGUUGAACCUACGAGUGGAAACACUGGUAUUGGGCUUGCGUUUAUUGCUGCUUCGAAAGGAUACAAACUCAUCUUGACAAUGCCUGCUUCAAUGAGUCUUGAGAGAAGGGUUCUUUUGAAAGCAUUCGGAGCUGAACUUGUUUUAACUGAUCCAGCCAAAGGUAUGAAAGGAGCUGUGCAAAAAGCUGAAGAAAUAUUGAGUAACACCCCCAAUGCCUACAUGCUUCAACAGUUUGACAACCCUGCAAAUCCCAAGAUACACUAUGAAACAACAGGUCCAGAGAUCUGGGAAGACACAAGUGGCAAGGUGGAUAUACUUGUUGCUGGGAUAGGGACUGGUGGAACCAUUUCAGGGGUUGGUCAAUACCUCAAAAAGCACAAUUCUAAUAUUAAGAUUAUUGGUGUGGAACCGACAGAAAGUAACAUACUAUCUGGUGGAAAGCCUGGCCCUCACAAAAUUCAAGGGAUUGGAGCGGGUUUUAUACCAAAGAAUUUAGACCAAGAUGUGAUGGAUGAAGUCAUAGAGAUAUCAAGUGAUGAAGCUGUUGAAACUGCAAAGCAAUUAGCUCUUCAAGAAGGCCUGCUGGUGGGCAUUUCUUCUGGAGCAGCUGCCGCUGCUGCCAUUGAGGUUGGAAAGAGACCUGAAAAUGCAGGGAAGCUUAUUACAGUCAUAUUUCCAAGCUUUGGGGAACGUUACUUAUCUACCGUUCUUUUCCAGUCCAUUCGGGAAGAAUGCCUCUUUUACGUCGGACUUGGAACUUUCCCUUCUGCCGAAGCUACAGAUUGGUAA